AUGGAACCAUAUGAGAAUUUCUCUUACACAUCGUAUGAGAAUUCAGUGAGGUUGGUAAUCAAAGGUCACGAUACUGAGCUAGAAAGAAUCAGCACAAUUAUGACAACCAUAGAUCUCUCAAGCAACCAUUUUGAAGGUGUCAUUUCGAAAUCACUAAAGAAUCUCAGCUCACUUUGGCUACUCAAUUUAUCCCGUAACAAUCUCAUAGGUCAUAUUCCAAUGGAACUGGGACAAUUGAAUAUGCUUGAAGCAUUAGAUCUCUCCUGGAAUCGGCUCACUGGAAAGAUUCCAAGGGAAUUGACAAGAAUGAACUUUCUAGCAGUCUUAAACCUCUCUCAAAGUCAUCUCGUUGGACCAAUUCCUCACGGUCCACAAUUCAACACAUUUGAAAAUGACUCGUAUGGUUGCAACCUUGAUCUAUGUGGUCAUCCUUUAUCAAAGCAAUGUGGAACGAGUGAUUCAUCACAUGUUCCUCAACCAUUGGAGUCCGAAGAAGAUGAAGGCGAUUCAUAUUUUUUUAGUGGAUUUACGUGUUGUCUUGUUCGCCGGAGCUCAGCUCUUCAUGAAGCAGCGAUGGUGGCUGGCAGAUCUGGCCAUUUUAGUGAAGCUUUAUCUUUGCUUCAGCUCAAGCAACACUUUGAAAUAUCCGACAAGUACUCUAGACAUUAUAGUACUUCUCUCCCAAAAGCAUCGUCUUGGAAUGAGAGUACGGAUUGCUGCACUUGGGACUGGAUCACUUGUGACAUGUUAACUGGUUAUGUUAUUGGCCUAGACCUUAGUAAUGCAAAUAUUAGCGGAACUAUUCAUCCUAACAGCAGCCUCUUCCAACUUCAUCGUCUUCAGAUGCUAAACCUUGCUUACAAUAACUUAUCUGGUCUCAUUCCUGAUUCCAUUGACAACAUCACACAAAUUAGAGAGUUGAAUUUUGGUUACAAUCAUUUCACUGGCAAUAUUCCUUCAACAAUCUCAAAAUUGAAACAUCUCACAAGUCUAGAUCUUUCGUUUAACUCACUUGGAGACUUAUCGAGUAAUUCCUUGUCUGGGCCAUUGCCAAACAAUGUCAGCAUGCUUCUAAAGCUAGUUGACCUGGAUUUUUCUCACAACUUGCUAAAUGGAACAAUACCAUCUUGGGUGUUUAGCCUUCCUUCUUUAUAUAUGUUGGAGCUCUAUUCAAUGGACUAUCCGAUGAGCUCAGAGUGA